GGAGUGGAUGCUGCAAAUUCUGAGGGCGUCGACAGCUCGGGCUACUAACGAGAAUACAAGACCCGUCAUGACUCCUUUUCUUCUCGCGUUCUGACGAAACUCGAUCGCAAGCCCCUCGUCAUCAGAGGAGCUCCUAGCGCAUUGCAGCCGUCCAAUUGAAGUAGCACGAGGCUAUUGAAGAGGGAUAAAGAGGCAACAGAUGAUGUAAUUGAUAUUGACCCCGCUACUUCAACCAAGCUUGUCCAGGGUAAGCUUAGGGAUACGUUCAUCGCGCCUCGAAUCUUGUGACUGGAAAUUACGUCUCUUAGCAGCUGCCUGCAGCUACUCCUUAUAAACCAGUUUCUCUCUGCUUCUUCAGUCAAUUCCUCGCCCUUAACCUUCUUCAUCAUAGCCAACAACGUAAAAUUCAUCAAAAUGAUCGUUGAUCCCGUCGAAAUCUUGAUGAAGACCAGCAGGCAACUCUUGCCAACAGCUUCCCCCACCAAAGUUGCUCCCAUCCCAAGUGUUGUGCCCGAUCUCCCGGAGUAUCAACAUGCCCACCACGAUGGCAAGACCACGCUCUGGGUGGUCUUUGUGAUCAUGGUCAUUGCUUCAGCUGUUUUUGCUGCCAUGUCAUGGAGGGUUCCUGUGUCUAAGCGGCUUUACCACGUCAUCACGACUCUCAUUACUACCUUUGCUGCCAUCUCUUACUUCGCAAUGGCCACUGGUCAUGGAGUGUCGUACAAGCACAUUCGAGUCCGCCACUCCCACAACCACGUUCCAGACACAUAUGAUGAUAUAUACCGCCAAGUGUUCUGGGCGCGUUAUGUCGACUGGAGCUUGACGACACCUCUUCUCCUCCUUGACCUAAGCUUGUUGGCUGGUCUCAGUGGAGCACACAUCCUAAUGGCGGUCGUUGCAGACAUCAUCAUGAUCUUGACCGGCCUCUUCGCUGCACUUGGCUCGGAGGGAACUCCUCAAAAGUGGGGCUGGUACGCUAUCGCAUGCAUUGCCUACCUAGUGGUCAUCUGGCAUCUUGCUAUCAACGGACGAGCUCAGGCUGCAGCCAAGAGUCAAAAGGUCGCCUCAUUCUUCUUCGCUAUUGCCGGAUUCACCAUAGUUGUCUGGACUGCUUACCCAAUUGUUUGGGGCAUCGCAGACGGUUCCAGGAAGAUGUCUGUCGACGCCGAGAUCAUUGCAUACGCUGUCCUAGACGUCCUCGCAAAGCCCAUAUUCGGUCUCUGGCUCCUCUUCACUCAUGCAAAGAUGCCAGAGACUAAUAUUGACUUGAAAGGCUUCUGGUCAAGCGGCCUAGACCGAGAGGGCUCACUUCGUCUUGACGAUGAUGGAGCGUAAAUCGCCCAGAAUUGAAACAGUCGAGAUGGCGGCAUAAAUUGGGAACAAACAAGGCGGAAAAAGUGCUCGAAGUCUCUACUAUCCUUCACCAAUUUUUGUAUCAUCCUUUCCCCCCUGGAUGGCGUUGAAAGGGCUUGAAAGGUGCUUUUGAACAAAUCCCCCCUUCUAAUUUGGUGCGGUGAUAGACAUUGUUCCGUCUAAAAGCUCAUGGAGGAUAAUAAUUGGACACUCUUUUCCGAAAGACUUUCG